AUGUCGAUGAUCCUGCGGUCCAGAAAGGCCCUCCAUCAGGUUCAGGCCGACGAAAUGGAGCCGGGGACUCCGGUAGAAAGGACAGUGUCGGCCCGCCCGCACGCGACAUUUACGUACGAGGAGUCGGACGAUUCAGACUCGCAGUCCGUCCUGGACCAAGUGAUGGAGACGCGUCCGCGGAUCCCCGCCGGGCUUGAGGAGCACACCGCGGAGGAGGCUGGAGGAACGGAGCUGAAGCAUUGCAGCGUCGUGCUGGACCGCCUGCAGGUUGACGACGGAGCCGAAAAGAAAGAGCCCGAGGACAAAGAAGACAUGAACCGCAAAGGCGGGAAACUCGUCUCCCGAAUCCCCACUUUCCACAAACGGCCCACAAGCCAGACCCCGGAGCCGCCGGCUCCCAAGAGAGAUGCCCCGCCCCCCGGCGCUCAGCCUCCGGGCGCCGCCGCGAGUGGGAGGGUGGAGGCCUCGAGGGCCACGCCACCCGACGUCAGCGACGCGUCCCUCCCCCCGACGGCGGUCCGCGAUACCGACGUCGGCCCGGAACUAGCGGCGGUGUCGGCCCGAACCCCUCUGACUACUGCGCCCAAGCGCUGGGGUUUGUCCGAGCCGGCGCCGUACUCUCCAAUGACUGCGAGCCCCAGGCCCGCCAUCAGACCGGAGCGGCACGCGCCGGAGCGAGACCAGAGCGACGCGGUCGCAACGGAGACGGACGGCGCACGCGACUCCCCCGCGUCGCGCCAUCCGGCAGCGGGGCGAAAGCCGCAGGGGGACCCAGAAGAGGAGUACGGCGUCGCGGUCCGAAGCGGCAUCAACCACGACGCCUCUGGAGACGGGGAAACGCCUGAGCCGACGGUCGCCCUUCACACGAACGAGGGCCGCCGAGAAGAGGCGAUCAUGGACGAACAGCCGCCGUGGGAGACGGAGCCGGCGACGCACACGCGCGAAAUGAAGGACAGUUUGUCCUCGUCAGAAUCCGAGGACGGGUUCGCCGACGAGAUGUGCGAGGGCCGCGAGUCGGAGGAGGAGUUAACUGAGGAGAAGUGCGAGGGCCGCGAGGUGGAGGAGCGCCGCGAAGCGCUCACAAGAAGCUCGCCUGGGGUCUCGGGUCUGCCGAAGGGGAGAGCCGACGCCGCUGACUCCGCCUCUCCCGUAGCGCCAGAGAGAUUUGCCCGAGCUCAGUCAGCCGGGUCCACGAAGAGAUCUGGGCGCUGCAGUUUCGGCCUCUUCUGCGUCCUGCCCGCCGCCUUGCUGCUUCUCGGGGGGCUCGGCCAGCACGUCUGGCACUACGGCCUGCCCCUGUCGGCGGCUCAGCUGGCGGCUCAGCUGGAGCUGCAUUGGCUGGAGGGCUUCGUACCGGAGCCCUGCGGCGCCGACUGCCGGGUGCAGCUGGUGGAGAGCGUCCCCGUGGCUCUGCACCCGUCUCCUCCUCCCGUCCUCCGGAGCAUCGCCGGCAGCUGGCUGCGUCUGCUGGACGAGGCCAACAGCUCGGUGCAGAUCGCCGCCUUCUACUUCUCCCUUCGCGGCGGCGAGUCGGCGAACUCCUCCGACUCUCAGGGCAGGCUGGUCUUUGAGCGACUCAAAGGGCUCAAAUCCAAAGGUGUGAAACUCCGGCUGGCCGUCAACGCCCCCCAGACCUCAAGAGAAGACACAGCAGAACUGGCCGCAGCAGGUGCCGAAGUCCGAGAGGUGGACCUCCGGGCCGUGACCGGAGGCAUCGUCCACACCAAGCUGUGGGUGGUGGAUCAGAAGCACUUCUACCUGGGCAGCGCCAACAUGGACUGGCGCUCCCUAAGUCAGGUGAAGGAGGUCGGCCUGGCGGUCGAGGACUGCAGCUGCCUGGCGCUGGACGCCUCUCGGAUCUUCGAGCUUUACUGGAUCAUCGGCGGCGCCAGCAAAGGCUCCCUGCCGCCGUACUGGCCCGCUCGCCUCUCCGCCCUGUCCAGCUCCCAGAAGCCCCUGCGGCUGAAGUUCAACGGCGUGGCCGCUCAAGUCUACCUGUCUAGCGCCCCUCCCCAGAUCUCGGCGCGCGGCCGCUCCGACGACCUCUCCGCCAUCCUGUCCGUCAUCGGCGACGCCCGGAGCUUCGUUCACAUCUCCGUCAUGGACUACCUCCCUCUGUCUCAGCACACGGAGCCGCUCAGGUUCUGGCCGGCCAUCGACUCGGCGCUGCGCGCGGCCGCCUGCGCCCGAGGCGUGCAGGUCCGACUCCUGGUCAGCUGCUGGACGCACUCCCCCGCCCAAAUGUUCCCCUUCCUGCAGUCCCUGCUGGCGCUCGCCAGCCCUCAGCUGAAGUGCGAAGUCGACGUGAAAGUGUUCACGGUGCCUUCCACGGCGGAGCAGAUGAAGAUCCCCUUUGCACGCGUCAAUCACGCCAAGUACAUGGUCACCGACAGAGCGGUCUACAUAGGAACGUCCAACUGGUCCGAGAACUACUUCACCCAGACGGCCGGCGUGGGCCUGGUGGUGAACCAGACCGGCUCCGUGGUGGAGAGCGGCCAGGAGACCCUGCAGAGCCAAGCGGAGGCGCUCUUCCACCGAGACUGGACGUCCCGGUACGCCAGCAGGCUCUCUCUGGACGCCGUGGACGUCUGCCAGCACUGAGGGUCCGGUGCUCGGGGACGCUCACUGCGUCCCGCCUGCCGCCGCCGCUUGAACUUUAUUCGGCUUCUGCAGAAUCCGCUUCCUCUGCCAUGUGAAUAAACACUUUAUUUGAAUUGCCA